UGAUGCAGUAGUAGCUAAAAUGGGGAGAAGUUUGUCCAUAAUAAAGUGAUGCACUACCUUCUUAACAAGGCAGGUUCUACAGGCACUAGUUUUGUCGCAUCUUGACAAUGUUAAGGUGCGAGCGACAACACAUACGUUUUUCCAGCAGCAGACUAUGAUCGAUAAUGUCAAAAUCUGUAUUUGAUGAGACCCUGGUGAUAUUGUUUGGACUGACCUGGUUGUUGCUGAGGGUUAAAACGAGCAGCAGGAAGUUCAGAAAUAGUCACAGAGAGAGAGAGAGAAGAGAGUGUAAAUGCAUACACUUAUGAGGAAGUUGGGUAGUAAUUUAUGCAGGGUAGAUUUGUCUCCCAAAGCAAUGCUUCCCAUACGUAAAACAGAAGUAGUUGACUGAUAACAUACAGUAUACUGUACAUGUAUGGAGAUUCACGUCAUCCUGUCUGGCAAACAUACACUUUCUCUCUCCCUAUUGGUUAUUUUGCCUCUCAGUUUGUUUAGAGCUGUAUAAAUACAUACAUAAAACACUUAGCCAUGAUGAGCCACUGAUGAGACACAGAUACAGUGGUUAGUCACAGCAUAUUCUGUACAGCACUGUGAGUUGUGUGUCAAGAUGAAGAGGCUUCUCAAGAUGAAAAUUCCUUCUAUACCUCCUUUUUGCUGAAACUCAUUUUAGACACUAGAGGAGCCAAGACAGCAGAUAGUCUUUAUUGAUUAUAGUACUGUAAGUGGGAGUAGAUGUUUUUUUAUAACUUCUUUUGUGCCUUGAUUUGGAUUUUUUUUAAAUUCUGUGUGUUUUCUAAAGGACCCACAUAUUAGUCUACAGACAACUGCCAGAUGGGUCUUCCCAAAGCAGAUGGGUCUUCCCAAGAGACAUGCCACAGAAAACUCUUCCUCUCUUUCCUUACUGCCCUACUUAUUGACAUCAAUGGAUGGGCAAAAAUAAAAUCACUAAUGACUUUAUGAUAAAGAUACAAAUGGUAUCAAAAGCAGAUCUAUCUUAGUGUAGUGUAGUGUUGAUGUUUGUACUGCAGACUACUGUCAUUAACCCAGAUUCAGUGGUCGUGGUGAACCCUUGUGGAAAAUGGCCCAGUCAUCCCGGAUGUCUGCACCAGGGACUCUCUGAGGGGACUGGGAUGAUAACCAGAGAGCAAGCUGGACAAGGGUCGGAUGCAGAGGAACCACAGCUACAGACGAGAGAGGAGGGGAGAUACUUUGCCCUCUGAGGAGCAAAGGCACAUCGGGAGUGGAUGAGUACCCAUUGAACAUUCUUCAUUUUUUCCUAAAGAGCUUUUUACUUAAUAGCUCAGGUUAUCGUUGUGGAAUUUCUUUCUGUUAUACAAGGAGUUUGACAGAGAAAGACAUUAAGUACAGUUCAAAGAGGAACAAAUUGGUAUUUGGAUACCAAUAUACAACAGAAGGAGUGGAUGUUGGUGGAUAUAAUUUAUUUGUUUUGGGGGGAAAUCUCUCAGAUAUACAAUACUUAGAUCUUGUAAAGGAAUCAAUGGCAGCUUACAAUAAGACAGGCUGGAUGGGAGAGUCGGGUGCCAACCUCACUGCCAUGAUGCCAGGUGUGAGACUCAUACUAACCCCUGUUGUAUACACUUUCAUGACACCAGAAAUGAUGGGAUGGGUCCUGAGUGUGGCUUCUCUCCUCAUCAUCUCUACCAACCUACUGGUGGUGGCUGCUCUCUUUCAGCUGAUGCGCAGGAAGGGCAGUCAGAGCUGGUGCUUCGUGCUCAACCUGGCCCUGGCAGAUAUCCUGGUGGGCCUGGCUAUCACUGGCAUUGUCACAGACGUGUUUCAAAAUUACAAUACCGUGAACAAUGGAACUAUUCCAAUUACUCAACCGCUACUCCUGAUGCACUCCACACAGAAGACCAAGUGUUUACUCCGCAUGGCCUUCAUCAUCUCCCCCUCAACUGCGUCCAUCUUGUCCAUGUUCCUGAUCUCUCUGGACCGCUACGUGGCCAUCAAGCUGCCGCUGCGCUACUCCCGGCUCACUGGGAGGUGGACUGUGACUGGGGCCCUGGUAGCACUCUGGAUGGUAUCCCUCACCGUUGGCUUCCUACCAGGCAUGGCAUGGCAGCUCCAGCAGGGAGACUUUGAAAGCAGCAGCCUUUGCACCUUCUUCUCUGUCAUCCGUCCCAAAGGCAUCAUUGUGGUGUUCUGUGCCGUCUUCUUCCCCGUCCUCUCUGUCUUCACCUACUUCUACCUGGACAUUCUGAAGAUAGCUUGCGGCCAUCAGAGGCAGAUCCGCCAGGCCCGUCAGGCCGGCUCCAGGCUGCCCCAGCGUAGCCGCUACUGGGGCCAUGUCAAGGCCCUGAGGACCGUGGCUCUGCUGGUGGGCUGUUUAACCCUCUGCUGGUGCCCUUUUUUUGUGGUGUGUGCAGUGCAGGUGCUGUGUGAGGCCUGUGAGUUGUACAAGGUGCUGGAGAAUGAUCUGUGGCUGCUGGGGCUGUCUAACUCCCUCAUCAACCCUUUGGUGUACGCCUGCUGGCAGAGGGAGGUGCGGCUGCAGAUCGGGGCCCUCUUCUGCUGUGUUAAGGACAGGGUCAGGAACACAGCCGUGUCAGAGGCUAGUGAGAGAUGUCAGACAGAGCUGCGUAUACCCACUCAUACUGUUAUAUCUGUGGACGUUGCCAUGAGCCUGGACCCCACCUUUCCUACGGUCACCAGUGAAGAGGGCCACACUGUACCGUUUUCUGCCUCAACCCCCUUGUGAAUGACUUAGACAUUUUAAGAACAUCUCAUUGAGGUUGAUUGAACCAAUUUGGAAAAUGCUUAAUGUGGCAGCUUAGAGCUUUGUCCAUUUCUGGCAGAAACAGUUUACGUCACGUCUAGCGACAGCAACUAACUGACGAAAUCAAUCAAAUGGGGAAAAAAUAACAGAGUGAGAUAAUGGAUGUGGAGACAUCAUGGAACCUAAACCAUGGAACAGAUGGGCUUAUUUGCUUUUUUUGCUCUGUUUCCUCCACUAACCUAAUUGAUAUUAUCUCUGCCAAGUAUGCACUUUGUCCCUCUGCAUUCCCAUCAACCUCACUGUCUAUGUGUGUCUGAGAGGUGUGUAGGUGUUUUGAAGGGGAACAGCUUUUGUGUGUACAAAUGGUUGUUCCCUGAUCAGUCAGGGAUUAUAUAUUUUAAAAAAUUGACAAAGUAUUUAAUUUCUUGGGAAAGUAGUGUGUAUUACUAUCUCCACUAGGGAGGUACAUGGUGAAUGUGUUUUAUUGCCAAUACUUCCUACAAAGGAUUAACUCAUAAUGUCAAUGUAGAAUUGCUUUAUAAUUUUCUCAUAAAUUACCAUAGUGGAAAUAUAUGAUAAAACCUUGAUAUGAGGUAGGUAGAAUAGUAUUGUUUGAGUGGUUGCUAUUCAAAAUAAAUGAUAGAAUGCAUGGACGAUUGAUUAUUCAUUCAUGAGCACUUCCUUGUCAUAUAAACACUUAUUUUUAGGAUAAAUAAGUUAAUAUUUUACAACUAGCCAAUAAAAUUACACUUUGUGAUAUGAGGAAUGAUGGUGCUAUAAAAGUAGAUUUCAUAUAGAAAAGAGAUAAUAAAAGUCAGUGUUUAGGCCAAUGCGGCCAUCAGUGGCAUUGAAGAGAGCUUUUGCUUAAUCACAAAAUACCAUUGGAAUUGAAUAAUUGAAUAGAAUAUUGAAAUGCAGUUGUUCUGUGGGACUUGUUUGUACGAUUUCUAUAAUAAAAGUUGUUCAAUACUGAGAACAAGGGA